AUGACUUUGUCAGAUCUGAAGAACAGCAUCUUGGAGAAGCUUGGCGUGUUGGGUAGCAAGUGGGUGAAGAAACUAUUCUACAAGAUUCCCAUGGCGGUUGUAUCGACCGGUGUUCAGUAUGAAACCUUUGCGGUUAAGGCUGAUGAAGAUAUUAGGGUUCUGUUCUACUGUGUACGGAGUUUUCCGGAGAUCAGAAUCUAUGAGUUGUUCGCGAAGUUGGAGGUUGGUGUCGAUAGUUCUGGGGCAUCCGCGCCAGUUCCCUGCCUAGCUGCCGCGGGUGGUGUAUCUAGUUCGAUGCCUGCGGUCAGACCGUAUCUUCCGCCGGUUCAAUCACCUUCGUUUGCGGCUGAUUUAGACCGAACGGAGGUUGUUGGUUCUAUACCUUUGGAGAAUGCAGCAGUCAUUGAGCCUCCGCACAUUGUGGGCACCGGUGGUGGCCUCGUACCUUAUAUCGAAGACUUUGGUGGACCUGAUCAAGUAGAGAAUGCAAUGCGUGACGAUGAGUCUGACCAGGAGCCUGUUGAUAUCGAUGGUGACAGCGACGAUGACACACGUGGCAAUCCACAUGCGCAGCAUAGGCCAUCAAGUUCUGGUUCUCAUCACUACCCUACACACUUCUCGACACUAAACUUGGAAGCUCUUGGUCAACAGGAAGACAGUGGUAACAGAGUGGGGGGAUCUUCUGCAGAAUUUCAGAUUGGGCAAUCAUUCCAGAGUAAAGAUGAAGCUGUGCUGAGUGUAAAGGAAUAUAGCAUCCGGCGAGGUGUUGAGUACAGAGUCAUUGAAUCGGAUCAUUUGAAGUAUCAUGGAAAAUGCAAGGAAUUCGGCAAGGGUUGUAGUUGGUUGAUUCGUGUAGCGCUUCGUACACGAAAGGGGACUUGA